CCAUUAUGUGUUGUAUGGGGGACCGUCAGAAGUCAUCAGAAGGCCUGGCAGUUAUUAAUAUACUUUAUGUAGUGCAGACAAGCAUAUUUACAAUGCACUUCUCUCGCGCUAUGUUAUAUGGUUAAUAGUCCGCACAAUAAAAUAGGUUAUGGUUUACUAGUGUUCGUUCUAUGUCUUGAAGGCUAGCUUGCUGGCUAACGCUAGCUGCUUAUGUUAGCUUUUGGUGCGUUGUUGUUUAAUGUCAACACUAGUAGCACUACUGUGUAAAGGAUUCAGAUAAUCAGUAGAGGAAACAUAACUGUAUUAUUUAUGCAGGCAGUUUUUGUACCCUGCUUUUCGGACGCUAAAGAAAACCCCAGCGUGAUGGCAACAAAAUAGAAGCUCUCUGGAGAGGUCACGAAAUCCGAUCUGAUUUCCCCUUUAGCAUACCAACAGCUGCAUUAACCGGAGAUAUCGUUAGACCCAUUUUUUGUAAUCAUGGAUGAGAGUACAGAAAAAGUCGAGCCUGAUGAUAUUGUUAUUAUCGUUGAAAAUGAAGCCGAAAGUAUGCCGGUUCAAGAGGAAAGUGAAAAGGCUCAAAGUACCCACAGUUUAAUGGACUGUUGUCCCAUCUGCAAGUUGAAUUUCCAUAGCAGAGAGCCCAAGCUUCUACCCUGUCUCCACUCUUUCUGUAAGAAAUGCUUGCCACCUCCGUCAAGGAAUUUUUUGUAUCCAAGCCAAAUGAUGGCCAACCAUCAACUUCAUGUGGAAGAUCCAUCAAAACCGCUCAACGUGAUUCGUUGUCCAGUUUGUCAUCAGGAAUGUAUGGAAGUGGAAGUUUUAGAGAACUUCUUUGUUAAAGACUCAAUGGAAGUGCCAAGCAGCACAGUUGAGAAGACAAGCCAGUUGUGUAUGAGUUGUGAGGACAACACAGAGGCCACUGGCUAUUGUGUGGAAUGUGUGGAGUUUCUCUGCGUUACUUGCAUUGAAGCUCAUCAGCGGGUGAAGUUUACCCGUGACCACACCAUUCGACAGAAAGAAGAAAUGUCACCAGAAGGAGUUGCAGUCUCCACCCAGAAGCCUGUUUUCUGUGAUAUCCACAAACAGGAGCCUUUGAAACUUUUCUGUGAGACUUGUGAUCGUCUGACCUGUCGGGACUGUCAGUUGCUCAAGCACAAGGAUCACAAUUACCAGUUUCUAGAAGAUGCCUACAGAAAUCACAGGGAACAUUUGGAGAAUAUGACUCGACAGCUCCAGGAAAAAAGAAAGGCUAUCGAAGAUGUCUCUAAUGCAAUCAAUAAUGGUCUCCAUCAGGUUGAUGAGAACCGUAAGGCUGUCACCACUGAGAUCAAGAAGUCCAUUUGCAAUCUCAUUAUGGAGAUUAACAGAAAAGGGAAAAUAUUGAUAAAUCAACUUGAGGCUCUCACCAAGGAUCAUGAGGGUGCACUCAAGAAACAGCAGGAGGAUGUCUCUUCCCUCUCCAAACACCUGGAUCAUGUGAUCUCCUUCACCAAGUGGGCCACAGCCAUCAACAGUGGCACUGCUCUCCUUUACUGCAAAAGACUGAUUCUUUGUCAGAUACAAUACCUCAUGCGGGCGAAGUGCAGUGCCUCCUCAUAUGUCCCCCAGAACUCAGUACGGUUCCAGUGUCGCUCAAGCUUCUGGGCCUCAAACGUUGAUCUUGGCUCUCUGGUCAUGGAGAAAGUUCCAGGACACCAACCAAGUGGGAUGCAGAUGUUCCCCAACCAACCCAACCAUCCCAACCAUCCCAACCAUCCCAACCAUCCCAACCAUCCUAAUCAUCCUAACCAUCCCAACCAUCCUGGACCAAGACCUGAAGGACCCUCUGGGCCCUUUCCCGGGGGGAAUGCGCAACAGCGGCAGAGCACACUAGCACAGCUCCAGAUGCAGGUGGAGAAGCUGGCCCAGCAUCCCAACCGCCACCCACCACCAAACCACUGGUCCUGGUAUCACAACAUGCGCCUCCCAGGCCCACACCCACCCAGGCCCAUGCAGGGGGGAUCUCCUUCCCAAACCCAUCCCAACAUGCCUCAGCAGAGCCGGCGAUACAGUGCUCCUCAACCAAACACCCGCAGCCCGACAGCCAUGAUGCAAAACACAGCCUUUGCCCCUCAGACUUUAAGAGGAAUGAUUAACUCACCCAGCUCCUCCAAUUUCCCACCCAAACCCAUGGAUGUGCUUCAGGGUGCAGCGCGAUAUUCCCAAAAUGCACCUUCCUCUGGAGGUGGACACCUUACCAACCCUCAACCCUCUCUGCAUCAGAGAAAUGUAAUGGACCCUAUACACCUAAACAGAAGACCUGAACCUCCUGGGCCCUUGCAAUUAAACAUUCCCAGACAUCAUCUCCUCCAUACUGUCCCUACCACCAUUGCUGAUAGAAAUGCACAAAGUCAGCAGAGCUCCCCCAUGUUAACAGCAAACUCCACUGAUGGAAAGACAGGGACUGUUUCUUGGAAACGAACCGACCCCCAACCAAGUGGACCGUCCACCUCCUCUGCUAAGAGAAGACGAAGGUCAUCCCCUGGGCCCAUCAUUGUCAUCAAAGAUGAGCCAGAAGAUGAUGAUGAAGUUCGCUUUGUCCAGUCCAGUGUAAAAGCCAGUCUGCCAGACAGCACUGGUGUCCAGUCCCAGACCCCUCGUCAGGAGUCUCCCCCAGGUGAAGAGCAGCAGACCGAGAAGCCCCCGGAGCCUGACCAGGAUCCCACCGAGGAUCCCACCGAGGAUCCCACCGAGGAUCCCAACGACGAUGCCAACGAUGAUGCCAACGACGAUCCCAACGAGGACUGGUGUGCUGUGUGUCAGAAUGGAGGGGAACUGCUCUGCUGUGACAAGUGUCCUAAAGUCUUCCAUCUCAGCUGCCAUAUUCCUGGCCUCCAGUCUUCUCCUAGUGGGGAGUGGUUUUGUUCGUUUUGCCGAGACCUAGCCACACCUGAAAUGGAAUAUGAUACGAUAGAUAGUACUAAAGCAGUGAAAAAGGAGCCAGAUUCCGAGGGACUAUCUCCUAUAGAUAAAAGGAAGUGUGAGAGAUUAUUACUUCGUCUAUAUUGCAAUGAGCUCAGCACUGAUUUCCAGGACCCAGUCUCACCAUCGACGAUGCCUGAGUAUAAUGAGAUUAUAAAGUCUCCCAUGGACCUCUCUGUGGCGAGGAGCAAGCUGGAGUUAAAGCAGAGCCCAUUUUACAAGAGGCCUGAUGACUUUGUCGCCGACAUUAGACUGAUCUUUAAAAACUGUGCCAAGUUUCACAAGGAGGACAAUGAGAUGGCCAGUGUAGGUGUCAACCUGGAGAACUUCUUUGAGGAGCAGCUGAAACUCCUUUAUCCUGAGCAGACUUUUCCUGAGGUGAAGGAAGAAGGUUCUGCCUCUUCAGCUCCAGAGGACCAUGUGCCCUCAGAUGUGCCCUGUGAGGAACAUGGGGCUCCAGUUGAACCUGACGCUGCUGAGAGUCCAUCUCCCAAGAGUCCAUCACUCCCUAGCCCCCCCAGUGAUGAAGUCUCCGAUCCUACCACUGAAGCCCGUCCGGAUAAACCCGGUCAGGAUGAUCCGGGUCAGGAUGAUCCGGGUCAGGAUGAUCCGGGUCAGGAGGACGCUGGUCAAGAUGAGGCCUGUAAAGAUGGUCCCGGUCAAGAAGAGGCCUGUGAAGGUGGGCCCAGUCAAGAUGGGCCCAGUCAAGAUGAGGCCUGUGAAGGUGGGCCCAGUCAAAAUGAGCCCAGUCAAGAUGAGGCCUGUGAAGGUGGGCCCAGUCAAAAUGAGCCCGUUCAAGAAGAGCCUGGUCAGGAUGAGCCAGGUCAGGAUGAGCCUGGUCAGGAUGAACAUGGCCAAGAUCAGCCCAGUCAGGAUGAGCCUGGUCAGAAUGAACAUGGCCAAGAUCAGCCCAGUCAAGAUGAGCCCCAGGAGUCUGAUGCCCAGGAAGACUCUCCCAAGGAGGAUGAAAAGAUGGAUGAAACAGAGGGAUGAUGAGUAAUUGUAUAUCUUCCUCCUUUCUCUGUGAAGUUGUUAGAAAUCCUUGCUGAAACAAGGAGUUCCCCUGCAAGAUUAGUUGAGCUAGGUAGCUUAUGUUUAAUAUUCCUGCAAUAAAAAAAAAUAUUUAAACAGACUGCACAGAUUGCCCAAGCAAAAGGUUAGUUUAUUUUAUUUGUAGCAUGUUUUAUUUCCCUUGAACAUAUUAUAUAUCUUUACUGUAGUAAAGAACAUGUUGACAGGGUAAUCGCACUGGGGACAUCAAACAAGUGUGUGUCUUCCCUAAUCACACUUAAUGAAUGACCUGCAGAAGUACACAUUAUGUACAAUUAUUAUGUUUGAUGUUGCCCUAUGCCCUUUAUGAUUUACAUUAAUGUAUAAUAAGUAUUUAUCCUGAAUUAGAUUGUUCAGGAUAAUGGCCGGUGCUUUUGUUUCAUGUAAAAAGAGUAUUGCAUUUACUUUAAUCAGCUUAUUGAAGCUGGAGCAAAAUGUUAUUUCAAGUUCAGCAUCAAUAUCAAUAAUGGCUGUCCUCGCCAUUGCGGGGGUCAGUGUUGUCAACCAAGGAAUUUUCCUUUUUUUCAUGUACAGUAGAAGAGUGCAUAAAUGUUUUCCUUAUUUUCACUAUUUUAGAUGGUUCAAGUUAAGUUGUCAGUAUUGCUCCUUGACAUUAACAGACCAGGAUUUGUAAGCUAUAUCUUGAUUGUGUUGCUCCAAGAACUAUAGUCAAGAUCUGUGCAUGUGCUGGUGGACUCAUUUUCCCAUGGAGUGGACCAUGGCAGUUUUUCUGAACAUGUAAAAUAUUGUGGACCUUUUGGACUUUUUUUAUUUGGAUUGGCUGUGACCCGUAUGAACUUUAAUGUUGGUCUUGAAUCUGGUCUGUACAAUACUUUGAGGUAUAAUGGUUAGCAUAUAAUUACAGUUAUAGUCAGCGGCCAGACGAGACCCCCACUGUGGUUAGCCAUGGCUGUAUUGGAGUUUGAGAAAGUGUGUGUAUAUGCAAUGAAACAUGCAUACUACAGGGGACUUUGAUGGAUCUUAAACUGUCCUGUUGUUUGUUGAGAUGGAUCUGGUAGAGGACAGAUUGCUUCCCUUUGGAACUGGCAAAGACAGGGCUGCUAUAGACUACAGGAAACAACUGUAUGAUUUCCACAAUUUUGUGUAUGUAACUUUAAUCUAAAUAUAAAAUAAAACAUUUUGAUAUCCCUG